AUAUAUAAUACAAAUAUUAAUAGGUGUAGUGCGAGUUCGCUAUGUUUAUCGCCAAAUUUCUGAAAAAGAUGUUUAAACUUUAAUGUAAACAAUGUUCGAAUAGGAUGUUGGUGAAGGCUUACGAAAUAUUUUCAGUGAUUUCAAAGUGAAAGAAAAGAAGCUAUGAUUAAUGUACUUUGAAAGUUAGAAAACUUUUUCUAGUCAAUUUUUUGUUUUGAAUCAGCUUGUUUUCAGCUUUCAAGAUUCAUAAAUGCCAUUGCGAAACAUCUUGCACUCAAAGAAGGCAAACAAACGAUAACGUAACACUGUUAUUAACAAACGAAAACUUUAAUGUAAGAAGAUGAAAGAAAGUAUUGUGAAGAAGAACUUGGAGGACAGCAGUGUUAAGGAAGAUGAUGGUAAUGUCACAAGAUGUGAAACCAAAGGCGAGGGUAACACAAAGAAAAUCAAAGAACUUGCUGAAAAGAAGACCAAAAAAGAAAUUAAAACCUGGAAGGAUUUUAAGACGGGAAGUAAAACGAAACAUGUCAAAAAAGAAAAAACUGAUAUCUCUAAGUUUCAAGGGGAAGGAAUACAGUUUAAGGCUAAGAUGAUUGGUCAAGAUGAUGUGAACGAGGCACAGGGUGAUAAGAUGUGUCAAGAAUCUCUACAGCGACUUAAGGCCAUUGUUCGAAGUUCUGGUGAACACAAGCAUCGAAUCACUCUGAACAUUUCUCUAGAAGGAAUUAAAAUUAAGGAUGAGAAAACUAAUGAGGAGUUGCAUCAUCACCCAGUACAUGGAAUUUCUUUUAUUUCUCAAGACAUCGGUGAUGCUCGAGCUUUUGGUUACAUUUUUAACACUGACGAUGAGUAUCACAGGUUUACUGCCAUCAAGACAGAGAAAUCAGCUUCUCAAGUUGUGAUUACACUAAGAGAUUUGUUUCAAGUAAUUCUGGACUCAAAGCAGAAAGAGAUUGAAAAGAUUAAACAAGAAAGGGAUGAUAAAAAAGAACCAGAUGAAAAGAAUAACAACAUUGUUGAAAUGAACCUUGGUGGAACAGAAGAAUCUGUUCUUAUAUCCAGCACUGCUGAAGAGGAAAAUAUUUAUGCAGAGAUCAAAAAUCCAUCAAUACCAGAGACUGUUGAAGUUGAACAAGAGGAAAUAAUAGCCAAAGAUUCUGUUGCUGUAGACAACUUGUUAGGUCUGCAGUUUGAAUUGAACUCUUUACAAUUGGGUAUUCAGCAAAUGGAUAACAGUAUAGCAGCUAUUGCUGUAGCUUAUGAUUCAGUAGAAGACAUACCAGAAAAUGAUCCAUUUACUUUGGAAUUUAUCCUUACUCCAAAAAAAGUGGAUUUCCUUGCUAGUAAGACAGAAGAUGAUCUAAACAUUUCACACUUAAAUAGUCUAAGUCAGAAAGAAAGACGAACUUCUUUAGCCAGUGAUGUAGAUGUUCCACCAGCCUUGCAGCAUACAGCUCCCACAAAUUCAGCAGUCUCAAUGGCUCAAGCUCAACAGGAAAGCAAAGCUGACAAAUAUGCAGCUUUCUCUCAGAUUGAUUUCAUACCAAGCAUAUUUGAUGAUUCUGACAUUAAUAAAAUGAAUCUUUCAUCUAAAGAAACAUCUCAACAAGAUGGCUCUUUUGGAAAAUUGGUUAAUCAAGAAGACUCUAAUAAUGUUACAGGCACUUUUGUUAUUGCUGAUCCUCCUCCUAAACCUUUUAAGUCAACAGAUCUGUCUUUUUUUGCAGAGCUUGAUCCUCUUGGAAAAGAUCGGCCUCUUGUUGAAAAGAAAUACUUUUUUUAUGAACUUAAGAAUCCCCCAAAAAAGGUUCUUAAGGACUUAAUUGGGGAUAGCACUGAUACAUCACAUGAAACAGUUUCAUUUAACCCUGAUUCACUGUCAGAAGGUCAAGUGAGUAGUAUUUAUGAAAGUCCUACUAAGCAAUUAAUUAGUUUGUCUGGGACCAUGCCUUCAUACUCCUCAUCUUCCAAUGUCUCCAGUUGUUCUCCAGUUGUCAGUAAUCCUUUCAAAUCUUGCAUAAGUGAUAUGUCUUAUCCUCUGAGAAGAAUAUCAAAUCCUUUCAUAUGUGAAUCACAAACACCACGUCCAAGGCUCCCUGCACGGUCAUCUGAACCUAGUUUUAAUAUUUAUUCCACUCCUUUUUCUAAUGUUUCUCAUCAAAACUGUGUAACUCCAACUUUGCCAUUGCCCAGAAAAAACUCUUUACAUUCCUUUAAGGACAUUUCAGAAGACCAUUGCAAUUCAUUGUCAAAAGACAAUUCUAAACAAGAUUCUUUAAGCAAGUCCAAUUCCAAUCAUUUAGUAAGUCCACCAAUACCAAUUCCUAACAGAAGACCACCAUUUUUAACUUGUAGUACAUCUCCAUAUACAUCAUUUCCUGAAAAUGACAGUCCAUAUGCAGAACCAAGGAAAAAUAAUCAGUUAUUGUUUCAGUCUUCCAACAGUUUUGAUUUGGGUACUCAGUUUACAAAAGAAUAUUCUGUAGGUGUCAGUCAAACAAGUGCAAUUUCCAGACUAGGGCCUUCUGGACAUGACAGUACUGUGGGAAAUUCACUUACUAAACUGAAAGCUCAAAGUCUAGACAGUGCAUAUACAUUACCAGAUAAAAAUCCUUUUGUAAGAAGUCAACCUAAAAGUUUUUGGCAUGAAAAUAAUAAUCAUAUAGACCCAACGAGAAAAAAUAGAGAUGAGUUGUUACUUGCCUCAUCACCUUCACCCCAAACAUUAGAAGGCUACCAGAUAGAUUUGUCUUCUUCUUUUGUGGCCAGUGGAAACACAUCUGCACCUUGGAAUAUGGAAAAAAAAUUCUUUUUUAAUGAAUUUGGUACUUCAAAUGAAGGAACAAACAUGUUAUUUUCAUCUUUAAGUCAUUCUCAGUACCCUAGCUACACAAAUGGCUCUCAAAUUGAUAAGACUGGCAAAGAAUCAAGUAAAAAUAAAUCAGUAUCUACUCCACUCAGCCCAAAAAACAACAGUUUUUUGAGAAAGUUUGAUCCUUUUGCUGAUAAUUUCUGUCAAAUGGAUAUGAACCAAUUGGAAGAAGCUUCUGAAGACCAGGAUUCUAAAGUACACAACUAUGAAUAGUGGCUCAGAUAUACAUUCUAGUGGCUGGACCAGUCCAGAGAAGAAGUCUGAAAUUCCCUUGCUACAAAUGACAAAGUCAAGCAUCUUUAUACUGUGGAGGAAUUGUGAAUAUUGCUGAAUGUCUUACAAGAGAUAAGACAUUUUGUGUAAGGAAUUGUAGAUGAAUGACAAGGUGUUAUUUGGAAUUAUAAAAUGAAAUACCAGAAAUAAACAAGAUUUUUUUUAAAUUCAAGGUAUUAAACUUUUUUAACUCUUUCACUGCCAUGUGCACAUGGUUCCUCCACUAGGCCACUGCUAUGCAAAUUUGGAAUUUUGUAUCACUGUGAAAAAAGAGCAAGUUUUCCCAUCAAACUUCCUAAUCUUUACUGCUUUCAAAUUUCAGAUAAAUAAUAAAACAUUAAAACAUGUGUAUAUCUGAAAAUAAACUGGCACUUGGAGAGUUGUUUAUCUAUAAAUAUGGCAGUGAAAGAGUUAAAACUCAUCAUAGUGAGAUGUUGUGCCUUUAAAAAUGAAGUUGAUAUAAUAUUAGUGAUACACUUUGUAAUGCAGGAAAUGGUAUACCAAAGGAUUUCUUGAACCCAAAGAAAUUGUUUAUUUGUAUAUGUGCUUGAAGUAGAUGGAGUCUGAGUCUAAGUCUUUCAGAUAGAAAGUCUAGUUCUUAGCCUUGUGGUACUUACAAAGUUUGCUGAAUUUAGCUUCUUCUUUAGUGACUAAAAUAUGCUACUGAAAUGCAAUACAUACUUGUGUACAGGAACAGUAGGAAUUCCAAAAGUAUGUGAAAUUACAGCUAUGUAUAAAGAGCCUGUCAUAGUUGUUUUUAACAAAUUGGCUUAAAAAUUUAAAAACUGUGGAUAUUUUUUGUACCCUUCUUUAAAGUAUGUUAAAAUAAUUUUCUUUAUACUUGUUUAUAACUAACCAUAUCUUUAGCUAAUAGUUAUUAUAACACAUUUAAAGGACCUCUUACUCAAGUAUAUACAAAUAUAUUAGCUUUUGAAAGGAUGUUUAAAAAUUGUUUUAAGCUAUUUUUAUAACUCAAACCUUAGUUAAAAAAUUUUGUGUGGAUAUUUUUUGUACCCUUCUUUAAAUUAUGUUAUAGACAUUUCCUUAUACUUAAAUUGUUUAAUUAGCCAUAUCUUUAACUGGUAAUAUAUUAUGACAAAUUUAAAGGACCUCCUAAUCAAGUAGUUAGUGUACAUGCAAAUAUAUUAGCUUUUAAAAGGAUUUUUACAAAUUAAUUGUUUUUAAGCUAUUUUUAUAAGUCAAAAUGUUGUUUAAAAAAUUCUUAAUUAGAUAUUUUUAUUAAUUCAACUCAUGGAAUUCAUUUGUAAGUGUAUGUGCAUAGUUGUUUUUCAAAGAACAUUGAGAUUUAAGAGGGUUUACUUAUCUUUUGUAUAAUGUUUGUAGUUAAGGAGAGAAGGAAACGUGAGUUUCUUUAGUAACAUGAAAACAGAUUUGUAGGAAAUCCAGUUCUUGUUAUAGUAACAAAUAGGAGUUCUGAAGUAAUAACAAACGAAGUUAUCACUAAUAAUUUUAGUAAAAAUAUAAACUUAAACAUCUGGAAGUAUUACAGUUGAACCAACAAAUGUACAUAGAUGUUUUUUUUAUUAGACUUUGUUUUAUAUAUAUAUAUUAACACAUGUAUUGAUAUUAUAUUACUUCCUACUUGAAAAAACUAUACUAGAACAAGAUUUUUUAAUUCAAAUUAACUUUUUUUAAACUUUGCUAAAGUGAGACGACAUGCCUUUAAAGGUGGAAAUAUUGGUGAAACUGAUAAAUGUUGAAGUCAUUAUUCGAGAAUGUUGCAUUAUACUUGAAAGAUUUAUUACAAAUUUUAUAUUUUUUAGACGAUUCCGAGAAUUAGGAUUUAUGAAAUGAAUGAUAACUUAUUUUUGAAGCAAUUUUAUUGUAAACAUAGAAAUAGUUUUUAAGAUUUAAAUUGAUUUAGGUGAUUUUUUUUUUGUUACAGAGAAAGAUCUUAGAUUUUAAAUAUAUAUAUAUAUAUAUAUAUAUUUAAUAUGUUUUUUAAAACUUGUGACCAAAAGAAGAAAAGCUACUUCACUUAAUGUUUGUUGGUGUGUUUUCAGAAGUGUACUAAUGUUGUUGAGGUAGCUUCAGAUUUAGACUUUUUAACAUCUUCAACCUUUUUUCUUGUGGCUUGUUUUAUACUUGACAUCAGCUCUCUCUCUCACUGCAUGUUAAAAAGUCAUGAUGUGUAGUUGUCAGUGUUGAAAAUGGCAGAUGUGUUAUUGAAAUAAAAUUUUAAAAACUAGUAGUAGUUAAAUGUGGGGGCACAUUUAGGGUGUGUGGGGCCCUGGGCCGAUGGGAUUGUGGGGUGGCUGAGGCCGUAUACAACAUAUUGUGUUGUGUGAUUUUUGGGGUUGCAUCUUUUAACUACUCUUCACAUUCCAGUAGUAAAAGAAAUUAAAUAAUUCUAAAAUAUGCCAUUUUUUUACUCAAAACAAAAUGUAAUGUUAGUAAUUUUUUACAUAAAAAUCACGUUUUUCACAUUUUAACUAUCAAUAAAAAUCAUACUUUAUCUGUAUCAUACAAAUCAUACAUAAACAUGUGGUGUUACAGAUUUCAAAAUGGGUAUCUGUGAAAACUUUUUGCAUUGAAAAGUCUUUAAUGAGACCACCAUUUUUCUGAAAGUGCUAUGUUGUAUGCUCAGAAGUGUUAAAAGAGCACAAUCAGUCCUGUCCCAUCGUACUUUGAAGGUAGUUCUUUAUUAGCUUUAAUUUGGAAAAUGAGCACUCUCCAGUACAGUACAGCAUAGCUGAGAAUUGUACUAUUUCUGACUCAAGGCUUUUCUCCAGGUCAUGUGGAUAGCAUGUGACAACCUUAGCUGUGGCUCCUCUGAGAUCAAUUGUUGUAGAUUGAGCAUGUCUGAUAGAAAUCCAAACCUUCCUCUGAGAAAUCCAAACCUUCCUAGAAGAACUUCAUAUGCUUCAAGCUUCAAGUUUAUCAAUGAUAAGAAAGUAGAAACUCACUCUAAACUUAUCUCUAUGUAAUAGUUGAACAUCCUCCGCUGUGCUUAGCUCAUCGUGGUGUCGUUUCUGCUUACGAACACGUUGUUUAUCAUCCUUAUAGCCACGUUGACCACACUUUUCAACACCUCUGUUCAAAUUCAUCAAACUGUGGCUGCAAUUCUUCAACAAAUUUUAAAAGAGACUCAAGUAACUGUACAGCUGCGUUGAUUGACAGACCAGCUUUUUGCAGCUGCAAAUUUGUUUUGCAGAAUCUGUCCAAAAUUGUAUGCCACACUUCCAGCAAAAUAGCUAUUUCAACUUCUUUCAAUUGUCAGACACGACCAGUUGCUUCAGCCCUGGUUUAGCUGUUUCGUUGGCAUCUGCUGAUAACUCCUUAACACUGUGCGAUGUUCAUUGUAUCCUUCACUAAGAACUUUGAUAACAUUAGCCCGCGCAAAUCUUUGUCAACUGUCAAAUUUUUAUUCUCGCUAUUUUACAACGCUUCACAAUACUUUCUCCAGCAAUGAGUAGAUGCCACAAGGUAGGCAUAAACCUUCUCAACUAGAUUAAACAAUACUACAGCAGCAGGGCAACUUUCUACUGCACAUUUGCCCACCAAGUUUAGAGAAUGACCCAUGUAGCUUUGUGUACCACGAUAUUUGCCAGACAUAUUACUUACGUUAUCAUAUGACUGAUCAUGGCAAUGGGUAUUCUCUUCUCCUGGAGAAAAUUCAGAACAAUCUCGGCUAUUUAUUUGCCUGUGUGACUAAGCAUGGGUAUGAACUUCAAAUAUCAUUCAACUGGUUCUGCUGGCAAGAAAUAGCAUAUGGUAAAACUCAGUUAAACAAUAUGAGAUGUUAGGUGUAGAAUCUACAGAAAUGGAAAAGUACUUUUCAUUUUGAACUUCAUUUAUAAUUGAAGACAAAACUUUGUCUGCCAUCAGUUGAAUAAGUUCUUCACAAAUGAAAUGUGAUAAGUAGGAUGUGUGUGUCCACUACCUUUAUUUGCAUGCUUACUGAUAUGUUCACAAAGGAACUUUAAUACGUCCACACAACAGUUUUCGUUGUUGGUAAUGUUUUAUGUACGACCUGGAGCAUGAUAUGUCAUGCGAUAAUUUCAUGACUGAAAUGAAAUUAGAAUUGUUAGGUUAAGGUGUUUGUUCGACUUUUAAUUCUGUUAUCUACAAAUGUAUUAGUUUAGGCAAUUUGAGCAUAAAAAUAAUAAGUUUUUUACCCGCAGUGAUCUGAUUGUGUAAGAUAUUUACAAGUAGAGAAGUAUUCGCUUAGUAAUUGCUCAUUGCUGUCGUCUGUUCGAUAUCGUAAACCAAGAUAAUGGUUCAUAAUUCCAAACAACACAUUAAGACCCUUGUUAUUGACUGCUAAGGCUGUACAUCCAUAUAUAAAAAUGUAGAAAAAAGCAUGCAUGUUAGACUUACAAGAAAGUGAAAGUCCGCUCAAACGGCACGUUUGUAAUUCUUUUUCUUAAUAUUAUACUCUUGCCAGCUUACAACAAAAAUGGCUUGGUAUAUUG